CAAUCAAAAAUCAUGACCUGCUCAAUAAAAAUAAAAUAAAAUACGUUUUUUUCUCAUUUGCACACACACACACACAAUUAUAUUCAGUCAUGAAUGAGGCAUGUCGAGCUAUAGUUAUAGAGUACCUACUUCAUAAUUGUUACAAGAACACAGCAAAAGCACUAUUGAAAGAUAUGCACGACUUGGAUAAUUGUUCAAAAGUCAAAGAAGACAUGAAACAUAGUGCAUGGCAUGAUAUGGACACUAGAAAAGAGAUUCAUCAUGCUAUAAGAGAAGGAGAUAUUGCACACGCAUUUGAAUUGAUUCAGACACACUUUCCUGACCUGAUGGAAGCAUAUAACACACAUGCGAAUACGUCUCUUCAUGAUGCUCUUUAUCAAUUACGCUGCCAACAAUUCAUUGAAAUCCUUAGGGCACAAGGCGACAUGGAAGCGGUUCAGUUUGCACAACAGCAUAUUCGACCAUGGCGUAAACUGUAUCCUGAAAUAACCAACAAUGUACUUAUUCUGAUUGCUUAUAAUGAACUAGAGAAUGAUAAAACACGAGAACUAUUAAGUCAAGAAAGAAGAGACAACAUAGCAGAUAAAGUGAAUAAAGUGAUAUUAGAAUCAAGGCAAUUUUCUUCUUGUACUUCAUUGGAAAAGUUAUGGAGACAAAAAAUCAUUGUGCAAGUAGAAUUGGAUAACCAGCGUAGACAAGAAUCAUUCAAAAAAGCAACUGAAAAAGUGUUUAUCUAAUCCACAUAGUUUGCCUCUUCAAAUAAAGGGUUUAUUUGAAUAUCAAAAAAAAAAUAAACUAGAUUUCGUUCACAACAAGAGCUCAGGAGGAAGAGAUUGCUUAAGCUUGG